AUGAAGACGAUUCCAAUGGAUGGCACCACUAUUACUUUUUGCCAUCUUCGCGACAUAAAACUACCUUUCCGGGUAAAAAUUGAAUCGCUCGAGGGCACCAAGCCGACGAAAAAGGCUUCCGAGCUGAUCCGUGACCCAGAAAAGGCUCUUACGCUUUCAAACACAGAUCCCUACUCGGAUCUUAUGGUCACGGUCCAGUUGUUUGCUGAUAGCAAGCCUCUUACAAAUCCUGUUGCCACACGUCACAAAGAAUUUAAACUGACUAGAAAAUGGGACGAGUGGCUCACACUACCGAUAAGGUACUCGGAGCUUAUGUUUUCUUCACAGCUGGCAAUUACAAUAUGGGACCUUGCAGGUGACCAACAGCUUAUUCCUUAUGGCGGAACAACCAUAAAGCUUUUUGAUGAAACCGACUGUUCGUUAAAAAGAGGACGCCAAAGACUGAAAGUAUGGCUUGACCAACCUGCCGAUGGCUUGAGCAACAGCUCUACACCUUCAACGGUGAUCCCUACGAGUGAAAUACAGAGGAUUGAUACACGCGUCAAACAACUUAGCACUCAUAAAAUACCAGAAGUAAAAUGGUUAGACAGACUUGUUUCUCGUAAAAUAGAUCAAAUGAACAGCGAAAUGUCUAAGGAAAUUGGCGGACAGUUUCUUUUUAUUGAGUUUACCCAGUUUGAUGUUCCUAUUGCUUUUUCCGAUUAUUUAUACCCUCCACCGCCUCUUCUUCCUUUACAAGGCAAUACUUUAGAUGGUAGUGAAAGCUCUUAUGCCAAUGGAUCUUCUACUCACUACAAUAAUGGCGGUGUUUAUCGAAAUGGAGAUACAAAUAACAGCGUUUACAAUGACUUCCCUUCGCCUGAAAACCUUAUGCAAGUGAUUGUUGACCCCGAGCAAUUUAGAGAAAACCAAAUCGAACGAAAACACAGGCGCCUUAACCGCGGUAAAGAAGCAGGUCCUUUUGACAAGGAUCUCAAACCCAGUGCUAAAAUCCGUGAUGAUAUUAACAAAAUCAUUAGUUAUUCGCCCGUCCAUGAACUUACAAAUGAAGAAAAGGACAAACUUUGGAAGUUCCGCUACUAUUUGACGCGCCACAAACAAGCUUUGACAAAAUUUCUCAAAACAAUCACAUGGGAGGACCCACUCGAAGUCAAGCAGGCUAUUGAUCUUCUUCCCCGUUGGACCCAAAUUGAUGUUGACGACGCUCUUGAACUUCUCGGUCCCAAUUUUCAUCAUCCUGCAGUUCGCGCAUAUGCAGUGAAUAGAUUACGUCAAGCCAGCGAUCAUGAAUUAGAAUUGUAUUUACUACAGCUUGUUCAAGCACUUAGGUUUGAAAAGCCUUCUAGAACUCUCAGUGCCACCUCUUUAAAUUCAUCAUCCCCAUCUUCAUCUUCAUUCAAUCCGAUUCGCAAAAAGUCGUCUCUUGCAAAGUUUCUUAUUAACAGAGCAGUUAAAAACCCUAUUCUUGGAAAUUACUUUUUUUGGUAUGUCACAGUUGAGUCUCAAGAAAAGGGAGCACCUUCAAUAUUCAUGUAUGUCCUUAAACACUUUCAAGCUGCACUUAAAAACCAAGAAGAUGAAGAGGAAGCUGCUGCGACAGAUGAUAUUGAUAUCUCUCAGUCUGGGCAAACUCCAACACCUGCUCCUCCAGCUCAUCCGUCUAUGCUUAGAACUUUGGAGCGCCAGAUUAAGUUUAUUGAUCGGCUUUUAAAAGUUGCAACAGAAAUUAAAAUGGCUAAGGAUCCACGACCUAAAAAGAUUGAAAAGCUUCACCAGUAUCUUUCUGACUCUAAGAAUGGGCUUUUACGAUUUGACCCAAUCCCUCUUCCUCUCGAUCCUUCAGUAACCAUUGUUGGAUGUGUACCAGAAGACUGCACUGUCUUCAAGAGUAGUUUAUCUCCGCUUAAAAUUACACUGAAGACUAUUCCGUCUUCUUUAGCUUUGGAGCUCCAUCAACAACAGCAUCGCCGCAAUCAUCAUAACCGUCAUCAUAAUUCUGAGCCAACAGCUCCACAUAGUACUUCUUCUUCAGUUGCAACUCUAAGAAUAACGUCAACAUCUUCCUCAAUUGCCACGCUUGAAGACACUACGGAGUCUUUGCGAAAUUCCCGAUAUAGCGAACAAACCCAUGGCCUUGAUAAAAUCCCCGAGGAAAGCUUUGGCACUUACUCCAUUAUGUUCAAGACUGGCGAUGAUCUGCGACAAGAUCAACUUGUUAUUCAGAUUAUUACUCUUAUGGACCAGCUUCUGCGCAACGAGAAUCUGGAUCUAAAACUUACUCCUUACCGGAUUCUAGCAACAGGUCCUCGAGAUGGUGCGUUGCAAUUUGUUGUCAAUAAGACACUUGAUAAUGUACUUGCAGACUACAAUGGAGGCAUUCUUGGGUACCUCCGGGAUCAUAAUCCUGAUUCUACAACAGCCCUUGGAGUAACAGACGAGUGCAUGGAUACUUAUGUGCGCUCUUGUGCUGGGUACUGUGUCAUUACAUAUAUUCUGGGUGUGGGUGACCGGCACUUGGACAACCUGUUGAUUUGCCCCGACGGUCACUUUUUCCAUGCCGACUUUGGGUACAUUCUUGGUCAUGAUCCGAAGCCUUUCCCACCUCUGAUGAAGCUGCCGAUCCAAAUCAUUGACGGCAUGGGUGGAAUCAAUUCUGAGAAUUAUAGUCGGUUCCGGUCACUGUGUUUUACAGCUUACACAACGCUACGCAAAUCAGCAAAUCUUAUUCUCAAUCUUUUCGCGCUCAUGUCUCACUCAACUAUUCCGGACAUUAUGGUUGAACGUGAUAAUGCAGCGGUGCUAAAGGUCAUGGAGAAAUUUUGUUUAGAUAUGACAGAAGAAGAAGCAAUUAUGCAUUUCCAAAAUCUUAUCAACGAUAGUGUCAACGCAUUUUUACCCAUUGUGAUUGACCGACUCCACAGUUUGGCUCAAUACUGGAGAGCUUAA